AUGGCUCCAAGUAGCCAGCCCCUAACGUUGACCGGUAAGGUCGCCAUUGUUACAGGUUCAUCCAGAGGCAUUGGAGCCGGUAUUGCUGAAGAACUAGCCCGACGAGGGGCCAAAGUACUUAUCACAUAUGCCUCUCCGCGCAGCGAGCGCGUGGUCAAUGAGUUGAUGGAGCGGAUCAGGAGCCUGAAUAACGGAUCUAGCGUUGCCAAAAUCCAGGCUGAUCUCCGGGAGCUUUCAGCACCUCAGGCAAUCGUGAACGCGGCAGCCCAGGCCUUUGGUCCGUACAUCGACAUCCUCGUAAACAAUGCCGGCUGUGAGAUCACGAAACCGCUCGCUGAUCAUCGCGUUGACGAUUACAACUUCAUCUUCGAGCUGAACGUCCGCGCCGUCAUCUUCCUGACGCAAGCCGUUCUGCCACACCUCCAGGCCCCGGGACGGAUCAUCAACCUCAGCUCCAUCGGGGCACGAGGCGGGUUCGCCAAUAUUUCUACUUAUUGUGCGUCCAAGGCGGCGGUGGAGAGCCUGACCAGGUGCUGGGCCGCUGAGCUGGGUGACCGCGGCCACACGGUGAAUGCCGUCAAUCCCGGACCCGUUCAGACGGAAAUGCUGGAUACUCUCCCGCGGGAUUUGAUUGCCUUGCAGAAGUCGAUCACGCCUGUAGAGCAUCGGCUUGGGACUGUCGAUGAUAUUGCACAGAUUGUGGCUUGGAUGGAUCUUGAUGCUGUCUUCGCUUACGCCCAGUGGACUGGUGGUGGCCGACGAAGAAUUCGAGCCACAAUCUCCGGGGAGGGCUCUGCGUGGGGCAACCGUGCUCUCAUCCAGCAAGCUGAAGGGGAAGUUCGCUUGUCUAAGGGUUUCCAUUGCUGGCGUCGAGGGAUCAUCUCGGAAAUCUUCCACAACCAGACGUGGAGCUUCCCCCAAAGACUUAAUUUUGAAGAUUCCAGUAUUUCCUUCGCCUGCAUCUUCAUUAACAACCUGGCGAGCGACCCAGGGAAAGCUCGCAGAUAG